CUCCAAACUAUUUGUCUAGCUCGGUCAGCGCUUGCAGAGCUGAAUGGCGCCAUGAGGCUUUCGCGGCUGUCUCUGCUCACUUGCGCCGCCGCGGUCCUGCACGAUGCGUGGGAGGUUGACGGAAGGCGGCUAGGGGAUCGUGAGAUGUUCGACUACCACAAGGACCUCUUCCCCAUGGACAUGUCUGACCUCCUCUGCUUCGCAGUGGCCGGCGCUAGCGUCAUGGUGGCUUCUGGUGGCGGCGUUGGCGGCGGCGGCAUUCUGGUGCCUCUCUACAUGCUUUUCCUCAACUUUCGUCCGCGACAUGCCGUGGCCCUCUCGAACUUCACCAUCCUUGGAGGUGCGUUGGCCAACACCAUGGUCAACGUGUUCCAGGUAAAUGAGAACGGUCGCAGCCUUAUCGACUGGGACAUCAUCGUGAUGAUGGAGCCGGCCACCAUUGCUGGCACCAUUGUGGGCUCCUUUGCGUCCAAGUACCUGGCUGACUUUGUGCUCAUGGUGUUCCUGGCCACUGUCUUGGCCAUGUUGGCCUUCCGCACAUUGGACAAGGGCAUGGACAUGUUCCGGCACGAGAACGACUCCGCGGGCUGCGAGCGGGCCACCGCCCUGCCGCAGGACGAGGAGGAGGUCCCAAGCGACGGGGAAGAGAGGGAUGAGAUCAAGGAGUCCAACAACCUCGUGGGUGGCCGUACCCUGCGCACGGUGGACACCGCACCGUGGUUGAAGGUCUUUCUGCUGGUCGUUUGCUUCGCUGGGUGUGUCGUGCUGACAAUUCUGAAGGGCAGUGGACAUGGCUCCGUUGUAGGCGUGGAGUGUGGCUCGGUGAGCUUCUGGCUGCUGAGCUGGGCCACGCUGCCCUGGGUGCUGGGCUUCGGCCUUAUCUUCAGAGACAUGCUCAUCAACGAGCAUCUGGAGAAGGAAGAGGACGGCCACGACUUCCAGGAGUCGGAGAUCCGCUGGACCGCGGCCACCACCGUCAGGCGCUGGAUCCGCACCCGCGUUUUUUUUUUGUAGGACGAGAAGCUGCAGGCGGGUGGGAAAAAACGUGGGCUCCAAUACUCAACGUGUGCCAUGGGUUUUCAGUUGAAGAUGGAGAACAGCUGGUUUGAGUUGCUGCCAUUGUUUCAAAAAGGGCACCUAGGAUUGCCUCGGCUUCUCUCUGGUGAGAAAAACGCACGUAGCGACAUGAGUCCAUGCGUUCCCGAAG